AUGUUUGUUAGAAUCCAAGCCCGAUUGUACAGCUCCAAGGCAUCCUUCGAGCACCUUGGUAUUGCGACGAAUGUGUGUCGAAAUCUACAGCAGCAAUUUCACGUCGAUCGACCUACGACCGCCCAAGAGCAAUUCAUACCCUUAAUGCAGUCAGGACGAGAUUUAUUUUUGCGUGAUCGAACGGGAUCUGGAAAGACAUUUGGAAUGGCCGUUGUGUUGGCUUCACGACUAGCAACAGCAGCUGAGGGGAACGCGAAUGAUAGUCUACGGUCGCUUUACGUGGUGCCAAAUCAUGAGUUGGCGGUACAAAUCAGCGACUGGAUACGAGCCUUGCAUGGUUCAUCAUCGCCCUUGAUACAAUCAACAACAGCUUCAGCAUUCAAAAGCAUUCAAUCAUCGACAGUACCACAUACGUUGAUAGGCACACCAGGACGACUUGUUGAUUGUAUGGAUCGGAUACCAACACAUUUGCUUGAUUGUAUCAUCAUUGAAGAAGCCGACCAAGCUUUACGACUACCAACACGUUAUGCACCUUUGAAGAAACAGAAAAAGAGAGCCGCUAAUCCAAAACCAACCCAAGUGCUUGUGGAUCAACUUUUGAGCAAAGCUCAGGGACGCAAACCACAACUUGCAGCGAUUUCAGCAACUCUCAAUCGACCCCUUAGACAUUGGAUGCGUACACAUGGAUGGGUGCACAAUCCAGCAUUUGUUGAUAUUACUCAGAACGUACAGACGAUCAAUCACCAUACAAAGCAUCAUUGUCUUCUCGUGUCACAAGGAGCUGUUCGAAACAUUGGUUCAAUUUAUGAGGAUGAUGAUGAUGACGACGACGAGAUUAUAUCGCAGGAUGAGGAACAACAAAACCCUUUAUUGGAAAGCAUCGCUGUAUUAUUGGACAUCGAAUCUGUGCAUAAUGGGAUCCUCUUUGUUGAUUCAUCCGUCAGCCUAACCACCGUGAUAAGGCAGCUGCGUACUUUUGGUGUUGAUGCUCUUGACAUCCGAGGAUAUAACGAUUGGAAAUCACAACUUAAAGAUGAUCAAACGCCACCACCACUUUGGGUUGCUACCGAGUUUUCAGCACGUGGCAUGGAUAUACCCAAUGUUUCCCACAUAUUCAUUCUCGGUGAACCAUCAUCCAUUGCAAGUUAUGUACACAUGGCAGGACGUACAGGACGACUAGGAAGGAAUGGCUUUAAUGAGGGCAAGGUGAUCACCAUUGUCGAAGAUAAAAGCCGUGCCGAGGAUCGAAUGUGGAACAUGUAUAGACUUAUGAAUGCAAAUGUAGAUCAUUAUCAACACGUUCAAUAG